UUGAAAUGAAGCUAAGCUGCUCAUUGUUCGUCCUCAUAUUUGCGAGUGCCCUGUGUGGCUUAACGUUCUCCCAAACCGGCGAAGACGCACAUUCUCAGCCAGACGCAGAAUCCAACAGCGGGAUUAUUGUGCCGGAAGUAUUGGGUGACUCACACCAAAGGACUGUCAAUGAGUCAGUGACGAGUGGGAGCCAUAACUCGUCGGGAAGUGUUCUCCACGCAACUCCCCAUGACAGCGAAGAGAACAAAAAGCCGAACUAUCGAAAUCCCUUCAGCUACGAGCCGAAGACUUUUGUCUUUGUGGUGAUUUUUGUGGGGGCAUUGCUGAUGAUGGUAUUUGUUGUGGGGAGUGUGGUGUUCACAAGAACAUGGCUAUGUCCCCGUUACGCCCAGUGGUACGAGUCCCACCCCCAAUGCAGGAGAUAUCUGCCCAAGAUGCGUGUGGGCAGGAGGAAGGGGGAGUCGGGCAGGGGGAGGAGACGCCGACAGCCGAGUGCAACCGAGAGCCAUCUGGAACUGCCCAAACAAGACUCAUUGGACAACAUUACGGUGGAGAUAGACAACGAGUCCUUCUUGGCUAGUCUCGAGAAUGUCAACUUCUCCCUCACGCCUCCCUCGGUCAGACGUAAUUUCGGACCCCCUCCGCCCUCUCUUUACUCACACCACCUGAACAAGACGAACAACUCCAUGACAGUGGCAGCCCCCCACCAGAGCAAGAACAAACACAGGUACGGGGUGUCAAACCCUUCUACAAGGAACUCUGGUGGGGGUGGUGGAGGAGGUAUCGACAGUGACAGGGACAGUCUCUACUUGUAACUCAAAAUGCAAUGUAUGACAGAAUUGGAAACGAAAUUGACAUUGAAGACUAAUCCGUUCUGCACCGAGAAUUACUCAUAAUUUGAAUGUUUAGAUUAGAUCCUUAUUGUUUGGUGUAAUUUCUAUCGCGUCGCUUAUUGAAAUCGAUAUUUACAACCGGUGAUUUGGGAAUCAAAACAUUUUUGUUUCUUGUUUUCUUGCUCUCAAUUCAUCGCGGAAAACCUCAGGAGUUCUUUUUCUCUAAAUUUGCGCAAUAACAGAUGUAAUAUUCAUCAUCAAGCUAAAUGGUGUUUUUUAAUUUCAGAGCGAAUUUUGUAAAGCUAUAAGUUCUCUAAGCAACUCUUUUAUGGAUUGCCCUUGAAUUGAUGCAAUUUUUUGAAGAAUAUGUUAGCUUUUGCUUUUUCUGAACCAAUACUCUCCCAGUUAUUAUGAUUAUCUCAGUAAAGGUGACCAUUAAAGCUAUAAAACUGGACAUCACAGACUGCCUGUAGACAGUCGUGCGCCUCUCGCAUCUAAAGUUAUUUCAAAACCUAAUUUUGAAGGAGUUGAAAAAGAUGUUUCAAUCUCUCUUGAUUUGAUAUAACUGGGAAAUGCUUCUGAAAUAAAUUAAUCUCAUUCCAACAUUUAUUGACAUUAACUGUAAUUGAA